AUGAUCUAUAUCCAUUGUUUGGUUGGAACGAACCAGUUCCCACAGAAUUCAAAGAGAUAUUUUCGAAGUGUCUCUAGAAAGAAACCGAAAUCCCUCACGAUUCCAACUCCAGGAAGUGUAGUAGCACCCUAGAAGAAUCCCUAAGUAUUCUCCACAUAAACCCCUAGUCGUCGAUGA